CUAUUUAAAUAAUCUACGGGGUGAGGUCAUCCGUUGCGCGCCAGACCGGGAGUCCCGAGCGAGCAAACGGAGGAGCAGCCGGAGCCCCGAGAGCGGCUCAAAGAAGCCGGAGGAGCAGGUGGGAGUCAGAGACCGUAGCCGUAGCCAGAGAGCGGCUCGAAGAGCCGGAGGAGCAGGUGGGAGGCAGCGAGCCUGAGGCCCGAGCGCGGCUCUUGGAGCAGGCCCAUCCUGGGCCCCGACAGCGGGCAGCGGCCUAGGCCGUGCCUGGAGACCGAUUCGAUGGGGAAGAAAACGCGAAUCGGCCUGCAACAGAGCCGGCGUCGGCCCAUCCUACAACUGGAGUCCGAUCACAAGAAGGAGGACCGCGGCUCGGGUUCAGAGGAUGAGCAAGAAGAUGGGUCGGAUCAAUUUGUUAAUUCAAGUUCAAGCAAUGCAAAUAAUGGGACAACAAAAGAUACUGCAGUCCGGACCACAGGUGGACUGGGCUUGCUGGGUGCUUACACGGACAGUGACGAUGAGGAUAAUCCUGAUGCUGAGCCCCAGGAGCCAGUGCCCCGGCCCACUAAGCCUGCAGACAUCGACAGCACAUUGGCAAAUUUCAUGGCGGAGAUUGAUGCAAUUACAGCUCCUAUGCCUGUUUCUGAGUCGGCCUCUUCCACUAAGGCACCAGCCCCAACACCCACACCACCUCGGCCAGAACCCAAACUUGUGCCGAAUGCUCAAAAAGCUGCAAACAACCACAUUGACAGUGAAAUGAAUGCUCUGGUGGUGAGCGAUAACAUGACAGCUGAGUGGCACUAUGAUACACAAUAUUCAUUGGCUGGAGUUAAUGUGGAGAUGGGUGACUGGCAAGAGGUGUGGGAUGAGAAUACAGGCUGUUACUAUUACUGGAACAUACAAACCAAUGAAGUGAUGUGGGAACUACCUCAGUACCUGGCCACUCAGCUUCAAGGACUCCAUUACCAGGCCAGUUCCGUGGUCCUGUCUGCUAGUGAAGUGGAGAGCAGUUAUCAACACAUGGGUGUCUAUCACCAUGACCAAACACUGACAAAGCCUGAUGUCAGAAACCUGAAGAAGAAGGAAGUUAACGAAAGUGUAUUUGCACUGACUGUUGAUAAGGAGGAGCGAUCAGGUGUUGCUGCAUCCUUGCUGGCUCCGCUCAUCCCUGAGGAAGUGAAGAAAGCAGAGGAAAAGUGGCGGAAGAAAUUGAUUUGCCAGGAAGAACCAGAAGAGGUGGUGGUGGUGGAGGAGGAGAAGGAUGCUGGUGGGGACACUGUGCACGCCGAAGAAGCCCCUCCGGAGGAUCAGCAGACCUUGGACCCCUCCCAGGAGAGUGUGGAGGAUGAGGAGGAGGGGGUGGAAAAAGAGGAGGAGGAGGAGUAUACACGAGAGCUGGAACUGGUGCUGGAGAGAAAAAAGGCAGAGCUGCGAGCGCUGGAGGAGGGUGAUGCCAAUGGGUCGAGUCCACGGUCUGAUUGCAGCCAGGUUAUGGUGCAGGAUGGGCAGGUGUCCGAGAGCAGUAAGCAUGUCCACAGGAAGGGGAAGUGGCAGGCACUUGCUCGCACCUUCAGUCCUGAAUCUGCUAGUCGUGAUUUAAACAACCUGGAACAGGACACAACCCCGGAAGAAGUGCAUUCCACAGAACCUGCGCCUGAGAAACCCAACAGCGAUGCUGAAGAAGGUGACGUGGACCUUGAAGAGUCUGCAGAAAACGCGGCAGCUGCGCCAAAACCACCUCCAGAGGAAAAGGAUGAUGAAUGUGAACUAAAGGUUUUUGAUCAGUUUCAGAUUGCUGAACUGGCAAACACUCUUUCCAGUAAACUGGAAUUCCUGGGAAUUAGCAGACAGUCUAUCUCCAACUUUCACUUCCUGCUGCUCCAGAUCGAGACUCGAAUAUCAGACUGGCGAGAAGGAGCACUGAAUGGCCAAUAUCUCAAACGUAAACUGCAGGAAGCUGAUUUACAGAUUAAACACUAUGAAUCUAAUGCAUCCCCAAAAGGCUGGUCCUGCCAUUGGGACAGGGAGCACCGGCGGUAUUUCUAUCUCAAUGAACAGACGGGCCAAUCGCAGUGGGAGUUCCCAGACGUGGAAGAGGAGGAGGAGGCAGCCGAGAGUACAUCGAGGCUGACUGGUGGCAAAAAUAUGCUCAGCGCUCCAGUGGGAGAGAGUGCAGAUCCCACAAAUCCAGAGCUAUCUGCGGGUCAAGGUUCUGCAGGAACUGCUGCCCAGCCACCCCCACCCCCUCUUCCUCCUCAACCCCCCCUUCCCUUGGAUCUCCCGCCCCCCCCCCCCCACCUCCACCUUCCUCCCCUCCACCCCCACCCCCCCCCCCCACCACCCCCUCCUCCUCCCCCUCCAAGUGAUGACGGCGACAUACAAGAAGUGGAGAUGGAAGUGGAGAGCAAAGAGCCGCCAGCACCAGGAACAGAAGAUGAUUGUUUGGAAAGGCCCCCUCUCUCCAUCGUUCCGGUUACAACAGUCCAGCCUCCAGCAGUAAAGAGUAAUUCUGCUUCAAGCACUCCUUCAAAUCCACCAGCCUCUGGUCAAGCGGCCAAACCUGGCAAGCGGAAAGCAGCAGUGCUGACUUCCCUGGCAAUGCCACGGAACAUCACCAUUGGAAGCAAUCCUGUCCUCUACAGUCAGUCAGCCAUGCUCGCAGGUCCACAGAUGCUGGCCACAAUGAUGUCUGUUCCUCAAAUGCACCAGCCCAUGCCUGCCCCGAGACCUCUUCUCCUGCCCAGACCAACCCACCUAGUGCGGAUACCACGCCCUAUUCCGCCACAUCAAAUACCAGUUGCGCCAGCUAUUCCGCAGCCUCCACAAGUACCAGAGGUGCUCCCAGCUCCCGCAGUGGCUCAAGCAACCGAGAAGAGCAAGAAGGUGAAAAAAGACAAGAAUAAGAAGAGUAAAACGAAGAUGCCGUCAUUGGUGAAAAAGUGGCAGAGCAUUCAGCGGGAGUUGGAUGAGGAUGAGCAAUCGAGCUCCAGUGAGGAUGAGCAGAGAACAGUUCAGGCGCACAAGCGGAUUGAGGAGUGGAAGCAGCAUCAGCUGAUAAGUGGGCAAGCUGAGAAAAACGCCAACUUUGAAGUGUUACCAGACGACUGGCGAGAGAGACUGAAGAGGAGGAAAAUGACUUCAAACUCUUAACAUUUUAAGUUUUGUACUGUGUGUAAACUAUUUUUCUACCUUUAUACAGAACUGUUUAUAUUUGUGUAAAUCACUGAAAGUGAGUUAGAUAGUAGGUCUGUGAGCCGUUCAGUGCAUGAGCAUAUUUGGUGAAUUGUACCCUGCUUUCAAUUUUCUAGUAUUGAGCUAUUAAAAAAAGAAACUCCAUAUAAUAAAAUGAUGUGCAUCCCAGUUGUGAACUAAUGGUGCCCAUUUGAAGUUUCAUAUGUGCUGUACAUUUGUAUAUAGCAAUAAACUUUUUUUUACAAUA